AUGCUGUGUGCCGCCUGCGCAGCAGCAGCAUCCCGCGGGCAGCCGGUGGGGCUCCGUGGUCUGACCACCGUUUCAAAUGUCGUCAAUGCCUACCACGCACCAGACCCAUUUUCCGCCGUCCCCCUAAUCUCGCCGCUUGCCUCCGACGGGAACGCUGCACGGCAAAGAGGUGCUCAAUCAACGACGCAUCAGAUCUGUUGCUAUUGUCACGUGUGCCCAAUCAUGGAGGACGAAUGGUACUCGGGAGCUGAUACAACCGAUGGGACCGGCGGCGGUGGUGGAGGAUCCCUUGCCGGGGGCGGUGCACAGCAGAGAACGACUUACGGGGACUCGUUCACCCCACCGAGCUCCCAAGGCGGAAUAAUGGCAGGCCAGCAGGCCUACGGAGCUCCUGGCGCGAGCAUGGGCGGCUAUGGCGGGCACGCAGCAGCAGCCGUAGGAGGGGGAGGCAUGCGGGCUGAGGGAGUGGGCGGCCGAGGGGUGGGGGUCGGGGUCGUCGGUGCCAUCCUGGAGGACGAGGAGGACUACGAGAACGAGCCCCCCUUGCUGGAGGAGUUGGGCAUCAACUUUGAGCACAUCUGGUCGAAAACGCUCGCGGUGAUCUUGCCCACGAAGAAGAUCGAUAUCAACUACCUGGAUGACACGGACCUGGCAGGCCCGCUUGUGUUUUGCUUGUGCUUCGGGCUGUGCCUCCUCUUGACGGGAAAGCCACACUUUGGGUACAUCUAUGGGUUCGGAAUGUUCGGGUGCAUCGCGACGGCGAUGGUGCUCAACCUAAUCGGAGAAAAGCCGAUUGACCUCUGGAAAACGACAAGUGUUUUGGGGUACUGCCUCUUGCCGGUCAUCGGCUUAGCGGCGAUGGGGAUAGUGACGGACCUGCGUGGGAACUUGGGGCACGUGCUGGGGUUCGUGGCGGUGGCCUGGUGCACAAUUUCGGCCACCCGCUUGUUCGAGGAGUAUUUGGAGAUGCGAAGACAGCGGUAUCUCGUGGCCUACCCUGUAGGCCUGCUGUACGCUUGUUUCGUUCUCAUCACGGUGUACUAACCGGGGUCUUGUGUCUCUUGUCCUGGUGUUUUGUGGGGGAUCGAUGCGCGCGCACACCCGUCGCCCUGCUGGUAUAAUACGUGGAGCACUGCUGCCAAUGUACAACGUAGCGCUUCGAAGAUCGCGCGCAUUUCGUGGUUGAUCGAGGUAUUGCCGUCGUUGUUGUUUCUGUGGUCGCUGCU